ACGCCGCGCCCCGCAGCGCCUGGCUUCCUCCUGGCUGGGGUGGCGCUGGGCCCUCGAGCGCACCGGUGACCGCAGCGGCCCCGCGCCCCUCCCCCGCCGCGCGCAGCGCACCCGCCCGUCGCUCGGCACUGGGUUGGAUGGUCGCGUCGGUCGGGGUGGCUCCAGGAUGUUAGGGACUGUGAAGAUGGAAGGGCAUGAGAGCAGCGACUGGAACAGCUACUACGCGGACACGCAGGAGGCCUACUCCUCUGUCCCGGUCAGCAACAUGAACUCCGGCCUGGGCUCCAUGAACUCCAUGAACACUUACAUGACCAUGAACACCAUGACCACGAGCGGCAACAUGACACCGGCGUCCUUCAACAUGUCCUACGCCAACCCGGGCCUCGGGGCCGGCCUGAGUCCCGGUGCUGUGGCCGGCAUGCCCGGGGGCUCUGCGGGAGCCAUGAACAGCAUGACGGCAGGCGUCACGGCCAUGGGCGCAGCGCUGAGCCCCGGCGGCAUGGGCUCCAUGGGCGCGCAGCCCGCCGCCUCUAUGAACGGCCUGGGCCCCUACGCGGCCGCCAUGAACCCGUGCAUGAGCCCCAUGGCGUACGCGCCGUCCAACCUGGGCCGCAGCCGCGCUGGGGGCGGCGGCGACGCCAAGACGUUCAAGCGCAGCUACCCGCACGCCAAGCCGCCCUACUCCUACAUCUCGCUCAUCACCAUGGCCAUCCAGCAGGCGCCCAGCAAGAUGCUCACGCUGAGCGAGAUCUACCAGUGGAUCAUGGACCUCUUCCCCUACUACCGUCAAAACCAGCAGCGCUGGCAGAACUCCAUCCGCCACUCGCUGUCUUUCAACGACUGUUUCGUCAAGGUGGCCCGGUCCCCGGACAAGCCGGGCAAGGGCUCCUACUGGACGCUGCACCCGGACUCCGGCAACAUGUUCGAGAACGGCUGCUACCUGCGCCGUCAGAAGCGCUUCAAGUGUGAGAAGCAGCCCGGGGCCGGAGGCGGGAGCGGGGGCGGCGGCUCCAAGGGUGGCCCCGAAAGCCGCAAGGACCCCUCCGGCGGCGCAGGGAACCCCGCCGAGUCGCCCCUUCACCGGGGUGUGCACGGGAAGGCUAGCCAGCUAGAGGGCGCGCCGGCCCCCGGGCCCGCCGCCAGCCCCCAGACUCUGGACCACAGCGGGGCCACGGCGACAGGGGGCGCUUCGGAGUUGAAGUCUCCAGCCUCUUCCUCGGCGCCCCCCAUAAGCUCCGGGCCGGGGGCGCUGGCAUCGGUACCCCCCUCUCACCCGGCGCACGGCCUGGCACCCCACGAAUCGCAGCUGCACCUGAAAGGGGACCCCCACUACUCUUUUAACCACCCGUUCUCCAUCAACAACCUCAUGUCCUCCUCCGAGCAACAGCAUAAGCUGGACUUCAAGGCCUACGAGCAGGCACUGCAGUACUCUACCUACGGCGCCGCCUUGCCCGCCAGCCUGCCCCUGGGCAGCGCCUCGGUGGCCACGAGGAGCCCCAUCGAGCCCUCAGCCCUGGAGCCGGCCUACUACCAAGGUGUGUAUUCCAGACCCGUGCUAAAUACUUCCUAGCUCCCAGGACUUGGGGGUUUGUCUGCAUGGCCGACCUGGUGGUAGCAGGAGAGGAAAAAAAAACCAACAGCAAACAAAACCACACACGCCAAACCAACCACAUAAUAAAAUCCCAACUAUUUUUUAUUUUUCGUGCACACUUCUCCCCAGUGCAAAGGACUGUUACUUUAUUAUUGUAUUCAACACUCGUUGUGUGUAUUAUUACAAAAACAACCGACUCCAUAUCAACCAAUCUUUUUUUUUCCCCUGCGGAAGUUUAAUGAUCCAUAAAUGUAUAUAUAGAAAAUCUUCCUCCUUCCUUGCCGUCUCGCCCUUUCGCUCUUUCCCCUGUGGACACAUUCUAGUCUGUGCAGGGCUUAUUUAAAAAAAAAGAAAAUGGUCAAGUUUGUAAACUAUUUGUUCGUGCUUUUGUUUUGUUUUGUUUUGUUGUUGCUGCCCCUCCUUACCUAAGCCCACCACACGAGUUUACAGGUCUGUGGCAACGCUCUUAACUCAGUAAAUAUGGAAAUGGAAAAGAAAUAAACAGAGAGCAGGGACUCUUGAGAAUGCUGGAAGACAGUACUGCCAUUAUGCAGUGAGGUAUAAGCAGGUUCCACACAUCAGAGCCAUCUGUGUUCAGCUUACAUUUCUGAGGCACUCAGAUAAUGGACGUCUUUAAAUGAAAUACAUAUAUAUUGUCUGUGGACUUAAUCAUGUUCACAUAUGAAGACCUCCGUCCACUUUUGCAUAACAUGUAGAGGUAAUAGGUAGGUGAUAGACACACUACAUUUUCAAACAUUGCCUGACCGAGUUACAACGAUCCCCUUCACACUUGUCCUCUCUACCCACUUAUGACCCUGAGAACCAAUCCCCCCCCUAACUCUGCUCCUUGCUCUGCGGAGUGCCAUGGUCAUGUCAUUCUGAGGUCACAUGUAUAAAAUUAGCUUUUGUGUAUGUAUAACAUUUAAAGGAUUUUUUUCCCAGGGGAAAAAAAGGAAGUAUAUUAUUGAGGAGAGAGAAGUUAUAAGAAAUGCAUUUCAAAAUUUUGUCCGACGUUCCCAAAUCCCAAUUGUGGCCAUUUCAGUUGUUGCAUCCAGUGUUAAUGCACUUUCAUAGUUGGACGUAGUGUCAGUUUUAGACAAACGGGUUCAUUAUCAUUCCUCUUUGCUUUCUCAAUGUUAAUUUAUUGCAUGGUUUAUUCUUUUUCUUUACAGCUGAAAUUGCUUUAAUUGAUGGUUAAAAUGACAAUUUUAAAAAUGUUAAUUUUUAUCCAUGUGAUUGUAACUAAGAUAUUUUGAUUUAAAUAACAAGAAUAAUAUGAGAUUUUAAUCUGUGGAAUAUGUUCCCA